AUGCCGUGGAGGAAGAAAUGGAUCGACCCCGAAGAGUAUGAAGACAAGGAGGAGCUGGGACGCGUUUUGUCGAAGAGGGCGUAUGAGGUUUGGGUUUCGGAAGUUAUGCUCCAACAGACUCGCGUGUCGACAGUAAUACCGUACUUCAACAAUUGGGUCGAAAAGUGGCCCACGGUUCAAGAUCUUGCCGAAGCGAACCAUGAUGAUGUUCUUUCCGUAUGGAAGGGUCUGGGUUACUACUCACGCGCAACGCGUCUUCAUGAAGGUGCGAAGGCUAUGAUUGCCAAAUCUGCUGGUGCUUCGUGUGCACUCCCCAGUGGUGCUACGGAGUUACAGGAAUUUCCCGGCAUUGGAAGAUAUACUGCAGGUGCGGUGUCUAGUAUCGCAUUCGGUGAAGCAGAGCCCGUCCUCGACGGGAACGUGGCGCGCGUGCUCAGUCGACAGCUGGGUUUGUACAUGGAUGUUAAGGACAAGAAGGCCACAGACGUUCUUUGGGAUAUGGCCGAUCGACUAAUCAAACACGCUUCUAACUUUCCGGAAACACGGACGAGUGAGGUGCCCGGGCUAUGGAAUCAAGCGCUUAUGGAACUCGGAUCCACUUUGUGUACACCGCGACCCAGGUGUGACGAGUGUCCUAUUCAGUCGACAUGCAGGACCUAUAGCGAAGGAAAGGCGUUAUCUGACAAGCGCCAGUCGGUGGUUGUAGUGCCUGACAUUGAGGAUGCAUGCUCUCUUUGUGCGUCGUUGGAUACCGAAGAUUUGGUAGCAGUUUCUGAAGACGCAACGAACGAUGAGCCGCCACGAGCGAACAAGAAGAGAAAAGCCGCCACGAAACAAACAAACACUAUCUCGCAGUACUUCUCCGUUGGAACGCCCAAGUCAAACGUAGAAACGGAAGACGAGGAGGAGGAUCUUGAUAGCCCACCUGUCGAGGAUUCCAGAAAGCGGAAGCUGCCGGCGCCUACUGGAGAGUCGAAAUCUAUAUCCACGUACUGCUCACUAUUCCCGAAGAAAGUGGCGAAGAAGAAGGCAGCCGAAGAAGACUGUGUGAGGCCCGCCAAAGGUCUCCUCGCAUCACUGUGGCAAUUUCCGCAGAACACGCUGACUGCAUCACACAAGACGCCUCAGCAGCGCAAGACGUCGGCGCAGCAAUACAUCUCUGACCUCGAUGCCGGUGCCGCUGACAUGAGCAAAGCGCGUUUUGUUGCCAGCUUUCCGCCAUUGGUCCAUGUGUUUAGCCAUUUGAGGCUGACCAUGCAUACCUAUCAGUACAGGAUCGACGCCGAUAAGGCCGGAGAUAUCGAGCUUACAUGCAAGGGCCCGCCCACCCGCAAGUGGGUAGACAGCAAAGCCAUGGACAACGAGACUUUGUCUACGGGAAUGCGCAAGUGCUGGGACCUCGUUUCCGAAAGCCUCUGA